AGAAACGAACCAAAAGGCCCAUUAUACGAACCGACUCCAGCUCUCUUUUAUGAUCCUCUCUGUUUAUCCUGUUUUCCGUUCUUCUCUUUCCCCUUCCGUUAGCGGGAUAUCAAACACACAGAAAACCUUGAUCGAGCCAAAUUUGAAGAACUGAAUUAAAGGCAAUUGAAGGAUAAUUAGAAACAAUGACUACUGCAGCUAGACCCACAUGGGCACCAGCAAAAGGUGGUAAUGAACAAGGUGGUACUCGCAUUUUCGGUCCUUCUCAGAAGUACUCGUCCAGGGACCUUGCUGCUCAUACUAAUCUAAAACCUAGAAAGGAAGGGCAAGACACACAAGAGGAAUUGCAGAAGAGGAACCUCCGUGAUGAGCUGGAAGAGCGUGAAAGGAGACAUUUCUCAUCGAAGGAUAAGUCUUAUAAUGAUGAUAGAGACAGUAGAAAGAGUAAUCAACUUCUCUUGGAAGGGAAUAAGAGGGACACUGAGGACCGUAUAAUGCCACGUACUGUGGAUGCCGAUGAUUCUGAUGUGGAAGUCAACAAUGACAAUGAGAGCGAUGAUGACGAAGACGAUGAUGAUGAAGAAGAUGAUACAGAAGCUCUUAUGGCUGAGCUUGAAAGAAUAAAGAAGGAAAGAGCAGAGGAGAAGCUGCGGCAGGAACAACUACGGGCAGCCGAAGAGCUGAAAGUCAAGGAAGAGCAGCUUCUCAGAGGAAAUCCAUUGCUGAAUAAUCCAACAUCUUUUAGCGUAAAAAGAAGGUGGGAUGAUGAUGUUGUAUUCAAGAAUCAGGCUCGGGGUGAAACUAAAACUCCUAAACGCUUCAUCAAUGACACCAUCAGAAAUGACUUCCACAGAAAAUUCCUGCAGAAAUAUAUGAAAUAAUUUGGCUAAUAAAAUCCUUUAAGUGUACGCUGAAAAGUUACAAUGAAAUUUAAGGAUAAUUCUGAAUUUUUAUCAUGGAUCUGUUGAAGAGUAACAAUUAAAUUUGAUGGUUUGAAUUAAUGUAUUUUAGAAUUAAGAGUUCCUUUAUGCUGAUUCUAUGUUUGGUCUUGUCAAAUAUAAAUACAGAUAUGAGAAAUCGUUUAUCAAUGAAA